AUGACAAGGGCCACGCAAACCAUCUCCAUCUUCCUUCUCGUCUCCUCCCUCUACCUGGCCCUCUUCCUUGGCUUGAUCCCCUUGCCAGCAAAGAUUCAGGAGGACCUCAUUCCCUACCUUCCCUUCUGGGCCCUCAUCUCCUUCGGCGCAUACCUCCUGGGCAAGCUCGGCUACAAUGUCAUGACUUUCCACGACGUUCCAGAGGCUCACAAGGAGCUCAUGGCCGAGAUCGAGAUUGCCCGUGCAGAUUUGAAGAAGAUGGGCGUUGAAGUGGACUAG